UUUUAACUAAAAUCGCCUCGAGUCCCGAACUUGGAAAGCAAACAGUUGGAGUUUGCAAUCAAGGCCACUGGAGCCACCGGAAAAUGGCCGGAAGAAACUACUAUUCAGCCGCCGCCGCCAAAUCCCGGCGAUCUCCGCUCAUCCUCUUCACUAUAUCCCUCAUUUUCCUUUCCGUUCUUUUCUACAUCUUUUCAUCCCCUUCUUAUCCUUCUUCCCCAACUCUCCAAAUUCACGCAGCUAGAAAACCUAACAUCGAUUACUCCUUCGUCUCCUCACUCGAGAAAUUCCUGACUCGUUACAGCUCCAAAUCGCCUUCUAACGCUUUAGACGACACAGUUCGAAGGAACGCCACUGACCGGGACGUGCAGAUAUUUGAUGAUUUGAUCUCUCGAGGAGAGGAGAAACGUGUUUAUGGAGACGGAAGUCCGUUUCCUUCUCCGGUUAAGGUGUAUGUGUACGAUAUGCCGUCCAAAUUCACGUACGAUUUGCUCAGGCUGUUCCACACUACGUAUAAAGAGACAGCUACUCUCACCUCCAAUGGGAGUCCAGUUCAUAGAUUAAUUGAGCAGCAUUCAAUAGACUACUGGUUAUGGGCGGAUUUGAUAGCACCAGAGUCAGAGAGGUUGUUGAAGAAUGUAGUGAGAGUAUACAAACAGGAGGAAGCCGACUUGUUCUACAUUCCUUUUUUCACCACAAUUAGCUUCUUCUUGUUGGAAAAACAACAAUGCAAGGCGCUUUAUAGGGAAGCCUUAAAGUGGGUUACAGACCAACCAGCUUGGAAGAGGUCUGAGGGUAGAGAUCAUAUCUUACCAGUUCAUCAUCCGUGGUCAUUUAAAUCUGUCAGAAAGUUUAUGAAACAUGCAAUCUGGCUCCUUCCAGAUAUGGACUCAACAGGAAAUUGGUAUAAGCCUGGACAAGUUUACCUCGAGAAAGACUUGAUACUUCCAUAUGUUGCAAAUGUCGAUUUGUGUGAUGCCAAAUGUUCAUUAGAAUCCAAGAGAACUACUCUGCUAUUUUUCCGGGGAAGGCUAAAAAGAAAUGCUGGUGGAAAAAUCCGUGCUAAACUUGUCACGGAACUUAGUGGCGCCAAGGAUGUGAUCAUAGAGGAGGGUACUGCUGGAGAAGGUGGAAAAGCUGCAGCCCAAGCGGGCAUGCGCAAGUCAAUCUUUUGCCUUAGUCCAGCAGGGGAUACUCCUUCAUCUGCUAGGUUGUUUGAUGCUAUUGUCAGUCGGUGCAUCCCUGUAAUAGUCAGUGACGAACUUGAGCUUCCAUUUGAAGGAAUACUUGAUUAUCGGAAGAUAGCUGUGUUCGUCUCUUCUAGUGAUGCCUUACAGCCAGGAUGGCUCUUAUCAUAUUUAAGAACCAUUUCUCCUGCACAGAUUAGAGAGAAGCAACAGAAUUUAGCCAAGUACUCGAGGCAUUUCUUGUAUUCCCAUCCAGCACUGCCUUUGGGUCCAGAAGACUUAGUUUGGAGAAUGAUGGCUGGUAAGUUGGUGAACAUAAAGCUCCACACAAGAAGAUCUCAGCGGGUUGUGAAUGAAUCCAGAAGCAUCUGUACUUGUGAAUGCAAUCGUCCCAAUAUGACUACUAUUCAAGGAUUUUAGUUUUCAAGCUUCUAAUUUCACAACAGCUUAGAAAGUGUACCUUUUCCUAUACUCUUUUUUUUUUCAGCAUUCUUUCCAUGCCCUCGUCUAUUUUUACACGUGACAUUCGACCUGAUCGGCAGUUUUAUUCCCAUUUGGGCUUGUGUAGACAAAAGUAUCAAAAGAGAAAUGUAUCUUUGUUAUGUGGACAUGGUUUAUCUAUUCAUAUGAAAAGUUGGAAAUCAAUCUUUGU